AUGUCUGAUCUAUCAAAAUUAUCAAGAAAAUUAAAACGACGUGAUCGUACAAAAACAAAUAGUGGUAUUAUAACAACAUUAAUGACAAAUUAUAAUAAACGUCCAUUUGAUGAAAUUAAUAGUAGUAAUUCAACAGGUAUUAAACGACGUGCUCUAUCAGCAACAUCAGGUAGUGAAAAUCAAAAUUGUUCAAUUAUUUUUCUUAAUAAUCGAACAGAAUUUAAAUCAAUAACAACAAAUGAUUAUAUAUGUGAUAAAUUAAAAUUAAUUACAAAAUUUGAAACAAGUCUACCAAAUGAAAUUCUAUUUGAAAUAUUUAAAUAUUUAUCACAAUCGGAUAUUUUUUAUGCUUUUUUAAAUCUUAAUCAAAGAUUUAAUCAAGUUUUACAACCAUUUACAUAUCAUAUUAAUUGUUCAAAAUUAUCUAUUCGACAAUUUGAACAUAUUAGAAAUCAUCUUUUUAAUGCAAAAUCAUUGACACUUAAUAAUCAAUAUGCAAUCAAACAAGUAUUUCGUAUUGAUUUAAAUUUACAUCGUUUUCCAUCACUUGAAUGUAUAUCAUUAAUUGAUCCAACAAUAGAAGAAUUAAAUCUUAUUUUUUCAAAAUUUAAACAUAUGUCUAUAAAAAUCUUAAAUAUACGUAUACAACGACCAUCAUCAUCAACAAAUGAAAUAACAUAUAAAAGUUGUUUACAACAUCAUUUAUUUGGUACAAUACAAAAUAAAACAUUAGAAUCAAUAUCAGUUGAAAUGCAUAAUAAUGAUUAUUUACAAUUUAUUGAUAAAAUUGAUAUACCAAUAAAUUAUGAUUAUUUAAAAGAAUUAAAUAUUCCAUUACGUUCAUUUGAUAGUCUUUUAUUACUUUUAGAACAUGUACCUAAUUUAAAAAAAUUAUGUGUGAAAUUAUUUGCUGAUCAAACACCAUUAAAUGUACCAUUAUGUGGUAAACCACCAAUAAAUUUAAUUGAUUUUGAAUUAGAUGUUACUGGUAGUGAAUUAAAUUUUGAUCGUUUUGUUUUAUUAAUGACAAGUCGAAUACGUGCAGCUAAAUUAGAAAGACUUGCAUAUUUUAAUCGUACAACUAUGGAUCAAAAUUAUUUUAAUGGUCAUCGUUGGGAAAUUUUUCUUGAAAAUUCAUUUCCACGUUUAAAACAACUUCAACUUUGUUUUGAUAUGCCAAUUGAUGAUAUACAUUUACGUAUAAAUUUAAUUUUAACAUCAUUUUCAUCAUUUAAUAUACGUUGGCCAAUAGGACAUAUGAUAUGGCGUCCACAUUCAAAUAAAACACGUUUUAAAUUAUUUACAUUACCAUAUGCAUUUGAUACAUUAAAAUUAUCAACAUCAAAUUCACGUUUAUUUAAUAAUAUAAAUUAUGAAAAAAAUUUUAAAUCAGUUAAAAAAAUUGUUCUUGAUGCAACACAAGGUACAAUUAAUGAUAUAACUCAACAAUUAAUUUAUUUAUUAAAACAUUAUUGUAUUAAAACAAAUAUAUUACAAAUACAAAAUAUUGUUUUACCAAAUACUGAUACAUUAAAUAUAUCAUCAAAAAUAAUGAAUAUAACAUUUUAUCAUAUAAAACAUCUUAUUAUAAAUGAAUGUGAUGGUCGAUUAUUUCCAAUAAUAUUUUCAUUAACACCAUGUUUAACAAUAUUAUCAGUUACAGGUCCAUUAUUAUUAAAAUAUUUUCUUAAAAUUCCUUCACCUAAUAUAUCAUAUUUAAUACGUAUAAAAACACUUGAAUUAAAUUGUAUGCAAAUGGAUAGACAAAAUCGUUUAAAUCGUUUAUUAAAUAAUUUACCAAUAUUAUUUCCUUAUUUAGAACAUUUAACUAUUGAUAUUAAUUCAAAAUUAUAUGUUGAUUUAAAAAUUAUAAAAACAAUUUUAGAUAUUUUUAAAUUAAUUAGUUUAAAAAUUCAACGAACAAAUAAAUAUAUUUUAGAUAAAUAUACACAAGAUGAUAGACAAGUACGAAAUUAUUUAGAAAUCCAUUCAUUUCGUUUAAAACAUAGUGAAACAUAUGAAAUUAUUUGUAAAGAUAGUCAAUUAGAAAUUUGGUUAUAG